AACGUGGACAAAUGCGUAAUUCUAGGUGAAUUCACUUCUGCUUCCUUCGUCUCUCUCUCUCUCUCUCACUGUAAUGGUAGUGUUGUAGUUUUUCCCCUUUCACAGUGAAACCCGAAAAAACAAAAACCCAAAUCUCUCUCUCAAACUGAAAUCACUCUCUCAAUUCGGAUUCUCUCUGCUAGGGUUAAAGGUGGUUGAGGUUCAUCUAUGGCUUCGUCUUCUUCUGAUGCCGGUUUGAAGUCUGAAUCUGGCGGCGGCGGCGGAAGUGCCGGUGGAGAAGCUUCGGAAGCAGUGAUGGCUAACGAUCAGCUGUUGCUGUACAGAGGGCUGAAGAAAGCGAAGAAAGAGAGGGGUUGUACGGCCAAGGAACGCAUCAGCAAAAUGCCUCCCUGUGCCGCCGGAAAACGGAGCUCUAUUUACCGUGGAGUUACUAGGCAUAGAUGGACGGGUCGCUAUGAAGCUCACCUUUGGGAUAAAAGCACCUGGAAUCAAAAUCAAAAUAAGAAGGGAAAGCAAGUGUAUUUGGGAGCUUAUGAUGAUGAAGAAGCUGCAGCUAGAGCAUAUGAUCUUGCUGCCUUGAAGUAUUGGGGUCCUGGGACCCUCAUUAAUUUUCCAGUCACCGAUUACACAAGAGAUCUCGAAGAAAUGCAGAAUGUGUCCAGAGAGGACUACCUUGCAUCUCUUAGGCGAAAGAGCAGUGGUUUCUCAAGGGGAAUCUCUAAAUACCGUGGGCUUUCCAGUCGGUGGGAAUCAUCAUUUGGACGUAUGGCCGGAUCUGAGUACUUAAAUAGCAUAAACUAUGGUGAUGAUUCAGCAACAGAAAGUGAGUUUAUAGGUGGUUAUUGCAUUGAAAGAAAGAUUGAUUUAACAGCUUACAUCAAGUGGUGGGGGCCCAACAAAACUCGUCAAGCGGAUGCUGGUGUAAAAUUGUCCGAAGAAACUAAACAUUGUUGUUCUGGAGAUGUUGGGGGUGAACUUAAAUCACUGGAAUGGGCAGUUCAGCCUACUGAACCAUACCAGAUGCCUCGUUUAGGCAUGUCCCAUGAAGGUAAAAAACAUGCAGGUUCUAAAGUAUCUGCCUUGAGCAUCUUGUCCCGGUCAGCUGCCUAUAAGAAUUUGCAAGAGAAAGCAUCAAAAAAAGAAGAAAACAAUGCAGAUAAUGAUGAGAACAAAAACAAAAAUAUUAUUAACAAGACAGACUAUGGCAAGGCAGUUGAGAAAUCCACGAGUCAUGAUGGUGGAAAUGAGAAACUUGGAGUUUCAAUAGGAAUGGGUGGAGGAUUGUCUCUCCAGAGAAAUGUGUUCUCGUUAAGUCCUUUUUUGUCUUCACCACUUCUGACCAACUACAACACCAUGGAUCCAUUGGUAGAUCCCCUUCUUUGGACAUCUCUUGCUCCUGUUCUUCCUUCUGGAAUUAACCGUACACCUGAGGUUACAAAGACUGAGAAUAGUUCGUCUUUCACUUUAUUUCAGCCGGGUGAAUGAUGGCACAAAUCCUUAAGCUCUACAUAUUGAUAGAAAGACUGAUAUUUGCCUGGCCUUUUAUUGUGGAAGUCAAGGUAAUUGCUACACUGUGCAGCAAACAUCAACAAAAGCCUAUGGAAAGCUAACUGAAUCCUGAGAAUGAGGAGCUUUUACUUAUUUUUGCCGGCUUUUAUUUCUUUUGGCUCUUGAGAACAUAGGGGGGGGAAAAUUAUAUUUGUAUCCGUAGAAAGAUGGAAAUAUAAUGUAAAAAAUUUCCAAUAUCCAGAUGUAUUAGCUGUAUCAUAGCUUGCCUGUAUCAAAAUUGUGUCUGAAGAGUUGGACCUAGUACUUUUUCCUUGAAUAAACGAAAGAGGUUAAUUUC